AUGGCUGAGGUACUGGCCUCUGGGGGGGCCGCCACCUCGGAGGGGCACGAGGUCUGCGCUGGCGGGGUCGUGGCCGAGGCCGCGCCAGCGUCGGGGGGAGUGGCGGCCCGGAUACUGCGCAGGUCGCAGCACUCGAGGCUGCUAUUCUGCGAGGCGCUGGUGUGGGAAACCGCGGGCGGCCGUCUUCUGCGGUGCUGGCUCAGGUUUGCCACGGAGCCACAGGACAGCCGCUCGUUGACAUCGGACGCGACCGCGUGUUGUGCUGCCCCGCGGGUCGGCGACGCCAUCGUCGCGCAGGGGCAUUGGGAGCGCCGCCACGGCGAGCCCCGCUUCGCGGUGUCGCUGUGGACACUCUCCGAGGCACAUCAGGCCGUUCACGGCGAGCGUGCCUUCCAGUGCUCUGCCUCCAGCGGAGCUGUCGGAGCAGAAGGUUUAGGUCCAGUGAGCUUGGUGCUGCAGUGUGAAGGCCGGCGGCAGGCGCGCAUGGACCAGUAUUGCAAGGAGAUGUUUCCAGAGGCAGUUUUCACUGUGUCGAUGCCAGCCCAGGGCUCCCAGGACUGGCUGCUGCUGAUUCGGCCUGAACUUGGUGUAGGCGCAGCUGUGUUCCUGCAGACGUUGCAGAGCGACGCCACCGUGUGCCAGGCCCUGCGACGCGCGUUUAUCGUGGAGCCAGUGCCGUACCUGACGUUCCGCGCUGCAUCGGAUGGCUUGGCAGCGCUCCUGCGAUCGAAGGGGGAUGCCUGCGAUGCUCGAGUGCAGGUGCACCCGCGGUACAUGGAGCGAGGGGUCGUCGACUGCUUGGCCCAGGCGGGCUGUCUCCUCUCGCGCACUGGCUCCUCGCACACAGCCUCCUUGGUGUACGCCGACGCGGUCUACUACGUGGGCCUCUCGCGCAGGGACCCCUCGGGGAGCGAGGGCGCCGCGCUGCUCGGCGGUCCCUCUCGGCCGCCCGCCGAGCCGCGGCUGUGCAGGGCGCAGGCGAAGCUCGCGGAGGCGCUCUCGCGCAGCGGCUGGGCCGAGGAGCUGGGCGCGCAGCCCCCGCGGCGGGCCCUGGACGUCGGCGCGGCGCCCGGCGGUUGGAGCGCCUGCCUGGCGACGCGGUGGGGCUGCCGGGAGGUGGUCGCCGUGGACCCGGGCGAGCUGGCGCCCGGCCUGGCCGGCGCGGGGGGCGCGGGCGGCGCGGGGCGCAUCCGCCACCUCCGCGUGCAGUGGCGGGAGGCCCUGCAGCUGCUGUGCCGGGAGGGCGCCGUCCUGGACGUGCUCGUGUGCGACGCCAACAUGCCCUGCGACCGCGCCGUGGAGCUGGUGGCCGCCGCCGCGGGCCUGCUCGCGCACGGGGCCCGCGUGGUGCUGACGUUCAAGGACUGCUCCAGGAACCGCGCGGAGUUUGAGCGGCUCAAGGGCCAGCAGAUCGAACGGCUGCGAGAGCUCUGCACUGAGGUGCGGGAGGUGGCGCUGGUGGCGAACAGGAGGCUCGAGACCACCGUGCUGGCUCGCGCGAUGCGCACCGUGGCGAGCACGCCACUCGCUGGUAGUCUGAGCGAAGCUUAG